AUUUGGCUUGCGCUAUUUCCUGAUCAGGACCAGUCAGGAGUGUUGGAAGGACUUCGGGUAACGCACAUGAAGGGCGCGUGUUAAGAAGGCUAAAGAUGAAGGGCAGCUCUGUUGCAGCCUUUCUCCUCUUCUGUGCCAUGAUCUGUUGUCCUACACAUGGAGAGACCAAAUGCGUGCAUUAUCUAACCGGUGUAAGGGGGUAUGUGAGCAGUGCAACGGACGCGACGUCUGACUAUUGUGAGUGGGACAUCAAGACUGACCAAAGCAAGUUAAUACUGAUCAAUUUUGAUGCCGGGAAGUGGCGCCGAGGUUCUCACAACUGUUCCGCUACCAUUGUGACAUUCCAUGAUGGAAGUUCAGCAAACAGCAACAUCAUCGACACAUUCUGUGGAGAUUCAACGAGUCGAAGCAAAGAUAUUGCAGAUAUAUCCACGGCUAGUACCGGCAAUCAGCUACGAGUUGUUUUCAACCACAAUCAUCUAGCUCAAAACAGGACUGAGUUCAAUCUGACAUUCACCACGAGAGAAAUAGGGAAAGAGCCAGUGUUCGACGAAAGAACCUUCGUCCAGCAAACAGCAAGAAAAUUCAACAGGCAUACAGCUACGGAAUUUGUUCAAUUGAUUGCUGGCGGGUUGCUUGAACUUAAGCAAAUACAAAAAUAUCCGUUCGGCUAUAAGACGGACAACAAAACUCCAUCUGGUGGAUGUAUGCUGGAGUUUUACUUAACCAUUGAAUAUGGGCGGCUUGACUUUGAGCUUACACGAGACACCGACUUUGUCUGUACAUCAAUCCACGGUGGUGGUCUGGUAGAACCCUUUCUAAAGGAAGAAAGCAAAUGGCCCCCUGAUGACGACUGGCCGUGGAUUCCCUUCUGGCAUUACGUGGCAUGGGAGAGAACAGAGGCACUUUUAAAAAUCACCUUUCUUGACGCACAGGUAGGGGUGGAGAACCCCAACGAGGUGGAAUGUGUCAUCAAAGGACUAACUUACCGUGUUGGAGCCAUAGUGACAGCCUGCCCCAUCGGCCGAUUCGGGCGGAUCUGUAUGGAGCGCUGUCAGUGUUACAACGGGGCUUCGUGUCACAGCUUCAACGGCGCGUGCAAGUGCGCUCCUGGCUGGAGUGGAAGGCACUGCACCACUGAAAAUCCAGAAGUGCGCAUCAGUCCUUCAAGCAGUGAACUGACAGACCUGCGGUACGGACAGGAACUGCAGUUGACAUGCACAGGCUACAAAUUUCCUAUCGCAAAUCUGACAUGGUUCUUCGAUAAUGACGUUUCUAAUAUUGAAAACCACGGGACGUCAAGGACGGAAACUCUACACAUCUAAAUAUCAGCUCCCUGCUACCACAGUAUGAGGGUCACGUGACUUGUGAGGCCGUCAGUACCGACGGAGAGAAGUACAACGACGUGGUCGACAUACGGAUAGCAGGUUGCCGGGACAACCUGUACGGCGAGCGGUGUGACCAGACCUGUGACUGUACCGGCCCGGCCACGUGUAACCGCACCCUCGGCUGUGUCUGUCCCGAGGGCGUGUCUGGCGACGGCUGCCCAAGGUCCGAAGACGCCGACACCCAGUUUACCCUACUGGUCAUCAGUUUGACCUCAUCAGGCGUGGUGAUGCUCCUCGUCAUUGUCAUUAUCCUGCUCCACAGGCAAAACAACAGGCUUCGUGUGGGACCCAUUGACGACCCAGAAAUCUUCAAACUUGGACAGAAGAUGCAGGCUGUGAUGCCACGGGAGCGAGGCCCCUCGUCAAGCAGUAUCGACAUGGAUAUGUUGAAGGAGAAGGAGAUAGACAGAGCCAGGCUGCAGAUCGGACAACUCCUGGGAGAGGGCGCUUUUGGGCAUGUUGUCAAGGCAACGCUGGAACAACCUGAGGAUGGUAAUGUCGUGGUAGCUGUCAAGAAACUGAAAGACGACUCAGAAUCAACAUCAAGGACUGACCUUCUGCGAGAGACCUGUAUCAUGUUGCUGUGCGGUGAUCAUGACAACAUCAUCGGGCUCAAAGGCAUCUGUUUUAGAGACGGUCAGUUCACAUCUUCAUGUCGUUCAUUUGUGCAUAUACUUAGCAUCAGAAAAAAGUAUACAACAGAAAGAUGUACAGGGGUUGGCUACAUAUGCUUACAUUACGCAUAGGCAGGACUAGUACACGAAUUGUUGUCUUCAAUGAAAACGUCAUACGGAUCGGUGUUUUGCGACAUUUAGGGCGUCUUUCUAGAAUUAUUACUCCGUGAAGGAGGUCAGGACCUCCG